AGCUGCAGCGGCCGCGGGAGACGCGGCGGCGAAAUGCACCAAGGCUUUCUUCGGGAAAUGAGCCCCGCACAACCUUCCCCCUUGCUAGCUGAGUGAGAGUCCGAAUGGAUCAGCCCGAGCCAGGUUCUGCAGAUGCGGCAGCUGCACCACCACCGGCUGGCUAUGAGCUUGCGGUGCCUGCUCGGCCCGGUUGCGUCUACACCGGCUGCUACUGUGAGGAAAAUGUGUGGAAGCUUUGUGAAUACAUCCGAAACCAGAAUCUAUACCCUUUAGAAGAAUUUUAUGCGGUUUUCAUUUCCAAUGACAGGAGGAUGGUGCCCCUUUGGGAGCAGCAGGCAGGUGUGGUUGGUCAACCUGUGAUUUGGGACUACCAUGUUGUUUUGCUUCAUGUGGCCAGCGGAGACCAGAAUUUCAUUUACGACCUUGAUACUUUGCUGCCUUUCCCUUGCCCCAUCGACACCUAUAUUGAAAAGGCUUUUAAAUCAGACAGCAUUAUUCGUCCAGAAUUUCAAAGAAAAGUCCGAUUGGUUCGAGCCGACGUGUACCUGAAGACGUUUGCCUCUGACCGAUCCCACAUGAAAGAUGCCAGCGGGAACUGGCAAAAGCCGCCUCCAUUAUAUCCAUGCAUCGAGACCGCAGACUUCAAGAUGAACCUGGAUGACUUCAUCAGUAUGAAUCCAGAUGUUGGAUGGGGUUCUGUGCUCUCUCUCCCCGAAUUUGUGCAAGGGUUCGGCAGCCAGAACUGAUUUUUGACUCACAGCGAAGAAAUCCUUUUGACGAGCGCCAUUCUUAUUUAUUGCAUUCAGGUUUUUAAAGUUGGACUGAUAGUACUGGUUGCAUUUGGGCGGGGGGAAAUAGAAGAAAAUGUACUGAACGGAAUAAAACCUUUUUAAAAAAA